ACUCAAACCCCAUAUUCCCCAAACACCCCCACCAUAAAAACACUCAAAUCUCACUCUCUCCUUCAAACCAAUCCUCAUUACUUCAAACCAUCACAAAAUGUUCAAGAUCACCAUCCUCUUACUCUCUCUAUUCUUCCACUCUCCUUCAGUUUUAUGUCAAAACUGGUUGCAUAUUAUGACUCUACAUAGCAAUGAUGCUCCAGUUCAAACACUUGGAGUUUCUGUUGAUGAAGACAAGCUUACUAAAGUUUCAAACAACAUUUUAACCGCUGAAAAUUGGCUAAGGACUCAUGUUUUAUCUUACUAUCCUUCUACCAAUAUAAAAUAUAUUAUUCUAACUAACAAACUUCUUUGCAAUGCUGAGAAUAUCAAUCAAGAAGAUAUGAUAACAAUGGUUAUGAAUGCAAUGAAGAAUUUGUAUCAUUCUCUCACUAGAUGGGGUCUAGAGAGAGAGAUUAAAGUAUCUGUUUCUGUUUCUUUUUCUGUUUCUGUUUCGUCUGGCUGUUUUCGUAACUCAUAUCUUAAGCCAGUGUUUGGCUUGUUGGAGAAGAUAAACUCGACUUAUACUGUAAACCCAACUCAUUUUUCUGAUGAAAUUGUUGAGUUGUUGGCUUCUGAGUUGAAAUCGAUGAACGGUUUGGACGGUUUUCGAUCAGAAACAGUGAAUGUGAUAGUUCCGACGUUAAAUCAAGCGAGAUUUACGUCGCGAAAGCUUUCGUUUAUCGAUGAUUUAUGGUCGGUUUCAGCUCCGCCGCCGCCUACGGCGGCGGUUGAAUUCUCACCGGCGCCGGAGAUUCAGGCGCCGGUGAUGGCGCCGGCGAGCAGCCCGUCGCAUCCGUACGGUUACGGUUACAGUCUCCCGCCGUGUAAUCCGUACCCUCACGGUUACCAUGCGGCUCCGCCGGAGGUCCGUGCUGCGCCGCCGAUGGUUGGUAAGGUUGGUGAACCAAUGGCGGCUACGCCAAUGGCGAAAGAGGAACUGUGGUGUGUGGCGAAGCCGAGUGUGCCGUCGGAGAAGUUGCAGGUGGCGUUGGAUUACGCGUGUGGGGCGGGUGGCGCGGAUUGUGGCCCGAUCAAGCCGAACGGGAGCUGUUACUCGCCCGACUCGGUCGUGGCUCAUGCAUCUUAUGCUUUCAAUAGUUACUGGCAAAAGAACAAGAAGAAUGGUGGAGUUUGUGGUUUUGAAGGGACCGCAAUGCUUAUUAGUUCCGACCCAAGUUUUCUUCACUGUCGUUUCAUUCUUGGUUGAGUUUUGAAGUUUUGGGGCCAAUAUGGAGGAGAAGCUGCUUGAUUUUCUGGGCAAGUUUUGUAAUCCGAUGCAGUGAUGAGUUAUGUAUGAUGCAUUAGAAGUUAUACUAUUUAUUUAAUAAUAAUAAUAAUAAUAAUUAUGUCAUGUUACUCGGAUGUGUAUAAUGAUACCAUGUUUACAAAUUACAAUACAUGUAUAAAUUUUUUCA